AUGAGGGAAGUUCUAUUGCCUCCCAGUCUACCAUCGAAUGAACAGACUUCACCAGUUCUUGCUAAACAUAUCUGUCACCCCUCAUCUAUCGAAUCAAGCUCUCAAUGUUUCUUCAUACAUGGAGCUGGUAUCUUUUGUCGAUUUGGCCGCAACGCCUGUUCUCGACGUAGUCCGUAUUGUGAGCACCGGUCACGAGUAUGGCUAUGUGUAGAGGGCUCGGCGACCGUCAUUAAUCUGACAAUUCUGCAUGGGCUCCCCGAGGUGGUCUUGCUUUCACCUGCCAGUCUGCCAAGAUCUUCAUCCUCCUUCGUGAUCACUCGAGUGCGAAUCACCCGAUAA